AUCUCCAUCACCCCCAUAACCCAAAUCACUCAUUCCGAUGUAUCUCCUGAAAAUGGAAUCUCCACUGGCCAAAGCACCGAGAAAAUCCUGAGAGGACGCAAAGAGUAUUCCCGGAGAUGCUUGAAAAUUCCCAGCGUAAACUAGCUCAGCUGAAUCCGUUGAAGGAUUGAAAAGAAACAUUUUCUCAUGCAGGUCCCAACCCACGCAUUACAACUAUGUGGACACUCGGUUUAUUCACCCUCCAUGUCCUCUCUUUUUUCUACCCAUUCCGCACGGUUUCUCCCACUGAUGACAGCUAAACCCGAGAAAUGGCACACAUACAUCGGAAAAACUUUGACGCACAGAGAAAUUACCAGCGACAUUGGUACAAAGGUAAAAAGGAAGGACUCGUCAGUCUCUCUAUUAAAACAUUCAGUUGGAAGACUCGAUCGUGUUUUUACAAGUGGAUUUUUCUCUCCAUCUCUCACUAUUGAUCUCCUCAAUCCAGCAUCACACACUAAAAAGUAUCUGCCAUCAGAUUUAGUUGGAAAUAAAAUACCAAAGCUCAACCAUCUUAAACCACUACCCAAGAUGCCACCCAUAAAAUCCAUUAUUUGGCGCACAUCAAAGACCAAAAUCUUAUCGAAAGGUGCUUAUCCGGAAGUGAGCUCCUCAUUCCAAAGUUGCAUGGAACUUUGUACCUCAGAAGAGCGUAAUACGCCUGGAGGACAUCCGCUCCACAAAGAUACAUUCAACUCUACCCAGCCGUCACCAUUGAGCAAACAUCAAGUUGGCAACGAUCCACCAACAUCUUCCAUCGGAGAUGACAUUAAACCACCGCCAGAAACUAAUUUCUCACCUAUCUCAACCAGCUCACCAUUUCCUGCCAUCCAUCAAUUGCCCGUCGACACAUUGACAGCAUUGAAAAAAAAUCUCUACAGUGAUCUACCCAACACAACGAAGAUGAAUUACUGGUGUUCACUCAAGAAACUGUCUACCCCACUUUUCAGCCCAUGUUUUUACACCACUCGAGUUGCUGGGGACGCUGGAGAUUCUGAGACGUCACGUUGCGUCGUUGAGUUUGAGAAAAAAUCUCUUAAAGAUUGUUCCCCCGGUGUGUCUGCCACACCAAAAACUCAGAAGCACUUGCCCUAUUUGACACCCGUCGACAAAUACAAGUUCAACCCACCCAGCAGAUCUGUCGAUAUUGCCGAUUUAUCAGAUUCUCGGCCCAACAUUCAGACCGUCAAGCAACGAUUAAGCAGAUCUCUAUGCAUAACUCAUAAGGAAUGGAUCAAGAAAUGCAAACCACUGCCAGUGAUACCUCCACCAAAGCCCAAACGAAAAUCUCGAGGGCCGGUACCACUCCCAGUUCUACCGAUGCCUCACAAAUCCGGUCAAUGGAGAUCUCAGAAAUAUUGUAUUCGAGAGAGAGUCACCAAGUGUUCCCUGGUGAAAUCGAGUAUUGCAUGUCCAUCAGGGAUGGAAAGUGCACUGGGAGAAACACCCUGGAUUCCAGCGGUGACCGAUAUUCCGAAGAAGGGCCGAUCGAAGACUCCGCUCGAGCGAAUACCACAGCCGGAGGGGAAUCUCUGCUGUCAUCUUCGGAAAUGCCAGAAUCUCAAGAAUUAUGAAAUGAAAAUGGAGGAGAGUAGAGAUGCUACGAGGGAUAAUAAAAAGAGAUGAUGGAGCUUUUCAGCCAAGUUUUUUUAAUAAAUUAUUCAGAGCAGGAAAUUCAUACCUGAUGCGUUUGGAAACUUUGGUUUUUGCCUUUUUAUCUGA